AUGGCCAUCAAGCGCAAAGCCCAAAUGGCUACACUCGACGAUGCUGCGGCGGCUGCUGCCUUCGCCAAGCGCCGCAAGUGUCCGUACUUGGACACGAUCAGCCACCAGCUGCUGGACUUUGACUUCGAGAAGGUCUGCUCGAUCAGCUUGUCCGACCAGAACGUCUACGCGUGUCUCGUCUGUGGCAAGUACUUCCAAGGUCGUGGCCGUAAUACACACGCGUUCACGCACUCGGUCCAGAGCAGUCACCACGUGUUUAUCAACCUCCAGACGGACCGGAUCUACUGUCUGCCGGAUAAUUACGAGGUCGUGGACCACACGCUCAAGUCGGUGCAGGACGCGCUUCGUCCGACGUUUACAGCCCAAGAGAUCGCACAGCUGGACGAGAACCGCAUCUUGGCGCAAGACGCGUUCGGUGUCUCGUAUCUGCCUGGAUUCAUUGGAUUGAACAAUCUCAAGCGCACGGACUACAUUAACGUCGUGGUCCAGGCGCUGGCGCAUGUGCCACCGCUUCGAGACUUCUUUUUAGCCAACAAGAUGGCGAAAGUCAAGUCCAAGCUCGUGCUGCGUUUUGGAGAGCUCAUGCGCAAGAUGUGGAGCCCACACAACUUUAAGAACACGAUUAGUCCGCACGAACUCGUGCAGGAGAUUUCCGUGAGCAGUAAGAAGCGGUUCCACGUUGGAACGCAGAAUGAAAGUGUCGAUCUAUUGGCGUUGCUGCUUAACCAGUUGCAUAGGGGGCUUGGUGGAUCGAGCAAACCGGGAAGCAGCAUCAUCCACAAGUGCUUUCAGGGUUUCGUUGAGGUGACAACAGACGACGAAACAAAAGCUGCUUCAGCGGAUAUUGCAGAGUGCCAAUCAGCUAGCUCUACCACAGUUUCGCCGUUCUUGAUGAUGGCACUCGAUCUGCCGUCAACUCCGUUGUUCAAAGAUUCUCAAGGUGGAAACGUCAUUCCUCAGAUUCCACUAUUUACAGUGCUUGAAAAGUACAAUGGUUCUCACGUCACACACGUGCUUCACGGCUCUCAUCGACUCAAGAAGACCUAUCGGAUCGACUCGCUGCCAGCUUACCUGAUCUUCCACGUAAAGCGUUUUACGCGAAACAACUUCUUCAUCGAAAAGAACCCGACGAUUGUAAACUUUCCUGUCAAGAAUCUCGAGUUGCGCGAUUACCUGACCUUGGACCACAAGGUCCUGUCGAAGAAAGAGCUUCAAAAGAUGUCGACUCCUGAGUUGCGAACUCUUUUGCGCGAUCGAGACCAGCCCACCAAGGAUUGUGUCGAAAAGUCUGACUUGAUCGAGAAGCUCUUGCCCACCACGCUGCCAUCAACGAAGUACAAUCUGAUUGCGAAUAUCUGUCAUGACAGCCCAGUGACAACGGGCAGAGAAGCAGCGUUGAAAACGAAUCCGCUAACGGAAGGGAGCUAUCGGGUUCACGUUCAGAACAGAGCAACCGAGCAAUGGUACGAAAUUCAAGAUUUGCAUGUUCAGGAAACGAUGCCGCAGCUGAUUGGCGUGUCCGAGUCGUAUUUGAUGAUAUACGAGCGAAAAGCAUAA